GAGCGUUAAAAGCGAGUGGAGACCGGAGUGGCUUUGAGUUAUUACGUUCUAGCUAGUCCAUCGAAUCUUCUCUAAAUAUAUUUUAUUACGUAGUUCGUCGGCGGAACUGUAACAUCGGUCCAUCUUUUAUAGAAAUAUAGGCGUCCUUGAGCGUAAUAUGAUCUUUGCUUCUCAUUCCCCAUCCAAGUUCUAGAGCACCGACGUUCCAGCUGGCGAGAGCCGGAGCGUCUCAUCCACACAAGUAUGCAGAUAUUUGCAGGAUAUGAGUGCCGGUCCCGUUUUGAUAUCAUCCGCGAACUUAAAUGUUGUGCUAAUCUCCUGGGUAUCUCGCCAAUGGGCUGAAAUAGAGAUUGUAAAUGGCCGGAGCUGGCUAGUGUGCGAGAAAGGCAAGAGUUGACGCUUGGCAGAUAGUAUGAGGGUCCAGUUGUCGCUGGUGGCAGGGGUUACAUGUUGACAGUCGGCGCCCAGAGAUAUAACUCCACAGCCUCGAGCUGCCAGUGUUUAAACAAUGAAAGGCCGAGCAAAUCUCUCCAAGCUUCGUACCAUUAAUAAUACAUGCAAAGCAACCCAUGAGCAUCAUUAUAAUGCAAAUGGCACAGACAAAUCCAUACCAAACAUCAAUACGCCUAAUUUCACAUGGGAUUCGCAAAGGUCGUGCCUCGGUCCGUGGUUUCCCCUGGCGACUUUUGCCCGCGUCCUAGUUGAGCGCCGUCAACCCCACAAUUCCUACCAGGAACCAUGUCGACUGGAGUAGAACAGCUCUAUUGCAAAACCCUCUCCCAUUUUAAAAGCUAGGCUCCUAGCGGCUUGCGCCGUGUUUUCGAUACAGCUGCUUGGCUGGUACAGAGGAAUGUGGACCUGAUGAUCGCUCGAGUGACGAUUGACGAUAAGUUAGUAUGGGUCUGGAGGCAAUCUUUGCCCCAUUGCGGGGUAGUGGCCGAUCUUGACGCUAAUUUUGUGGGAUUCAGGGACGAUUUCGCAAGGAGGCGGUCUCAGUCGCUAAACUCGAUGUUUCGAGGCCCAUCAGGGAACCGUGGAUGACUUAGUGCCUAUCACAGGAAAUAGUUCGAGUGUGUGAGAGCUACGCCUCGCAUAUCCGGGUUCUCUCCAUAUAUACACCAUGGCUGCCCUAUCUGUCGCCCACUGGUUUCUUCUUGGAUCUGUCUCAAUCCGUUACAAUGUCAGCAGAGAAAUCUACACAGAGCUUGGACAAACAAGUUACACCAACGGAAGCUAGCCAUGUUGAAGUUCGUCCCAUAGAGUCGCCCCACAACGAGAAGUACGACAAUCAUGAAGCAACAGAUUUGCAGACUGGAGAUGGCGUGGCCUACAGCACUCAUUCUGUCUCCUUUCUCAUGACCGUCGUCGGCUGCUCAUUUGCCCUCUGCGGCUCCCAAAUCUUCCCGCUCCUCUACCUUACUCUCACCACGACCGUUGCCAAAGAACUAAAUGCCCAAUCUCUCACCAUAUGGCUACUCACAGCAAGCUAUGUCGCCAUGGGCGCCGUGGCCCCCUUCAUAGGACCCCUCGCCGACUUGAUCGGCCGCAAAUCCCUCUUUAUAAUUGGGCUGCUGGUCUCUGUCGUAGGCGCAAUAGUAUGUGCUGUCACGCCCAACGCCCCGGGAUUCAUAGCGGGCCACAUCCUCCUCGGGGCUGGCGCCGUGACCCAGGAACUCCUCGCAAUAGCUGUCGUUUCUGAGAUUGUGCCUACCUCACGCCGUCCCUUGUACGCGGUCAUUUCUCUCAGUUCCAUAAUUCCAUGGUCCCCGGGCUCCCUUUACGCAAACUGGAUGGCUCAGGUGUCUUGGCGCUGGAUUGGAUGCGCCCUCGCCCUUUGGAAUGCUCUCACGCUUAUCAUCCUCAUGAUAUUCUACCGACCUCCGCCACGCGUUAACUCUCUUGGCCUAUCCCGCCGCGAACUCAUCUCCCGCAUCGACUUUAUCGGCGGUGCCCUGCUGACAAUUGGCCUUGUCUUUGUCCUCCUCGCACUCAGCUGGGGCGGGCAGCAGUAUGCGUGGACCUCCGCACAUGUCCUAUCCUUCUUACUAUUGGGAUUUGCGCUCAUGUUCGUCUUUGUGGCGUGGGAGUUUUUUGGCACGAAGUAUCCGCUCUUUCCACGCCGCAUAAUCAAGGCGCCACGCCCAUUCUUCUGCAUGCUCUUUGUCAUCUUCGCGGCGGGUAUCAACUAUGUCCCACUGGUUGUGUUCUGGCCCAUCGAGGGAAUCUCCGUGUUUGGCGCAGACCAUCACCAGAAUGGGCUCUACACCUUACCCAUCGGGAUUUGCAUCCUUGGCGGGGCAAUCCUGUCUGCCUUCCUGCUUCACGUCUUUAAGAAGCAUAUCACUGUGGUCAUGACCAUGUUUUGUGUCAUGCAGACAGUUGCGUCGGCCUCUCUCACAGCAAUCGACCCCCACAACGUCGCCACAGCUCUCCCUGCCAUCUGCUUCGCCCUCCUCGGCGUCGGCGGCGUCCUCGUCCCCAACCAAGUCAUCAUCACUGUCAUCACUCCCCCAGACCUCCUCGCUUCCGUCACAGCCCUUACCGUCGCCUUGCGCGCGCAAACCCAGGUCCUCGGCCUCGCCAUCUUCUACAACCGCUUUGUCGCCAAGGUUACCGAGGGUGGCUACGCCCUCGUAGCCCCUGCCAUGAUCAAGGCGGGCGUCUACGACCCGGAGGUAAUCUUUAACCUCGUCCAGGGCAUGUCCGCCGUGCCGUACUCGGCACUCGCGAAGGCUAUCCCCCAGCUGAUGGCGGACCCGGCAGCGUACCAAGCAGUUGGAGAGGCGGCGCUGGAGUCGUUCGCGGCUGCGUUUAAGUUGAUUUAUUAUAUUACGAUUGCAUUUGGCGCGCCGGCUUGUGUUGCGGCGGCAUUUAUGGGAGAUGUCGGCCAGUAUAUGAAUGAGAAUGUUGCUGUUAAGCUGUGAGCACCUGGCGGGACUGGGAGGAGAUAUUAUGUCAAUCGUUAGUUUUGAAGUACUGGAAUCUAGAAUACCAUAUCUGAACCUCAAAUCUGGUGAACCAGAAUCCAAAUGUCAGCUCUCUCAAAGCAUGAUGGCCCAGGUAUGAAAGGGGCUCACUUAAGGAUAGAGGUGAUUGAUUCCGUCCUCGGCGGCGAUACCGCGCCAUCUGUUUGGCUCCCUUCCUUCUGUCCGUUUGAGAUGUCACGCACGCUUCACGCACGCCUUUCAUCGCGGGGG